CCCGCCACCAUGACUUCCAGCAAGAUAGAGAUGCCCGGCGAGGUGAAGGCCGACCCGGCCGCCCUCAUGGCGUCCCUGCACCUCCUGCCGUCGCCCACGCCCAACCUCGAAAUCAAGUACACCAAGAUCUUUAUAAACAACGAGUGGCAGAACUCAGAGAGUGGGAGAGUGUUCCCUGUCUAUAAUCCAGCCACAGGAGAACAGGUGUGCGAAGUUCAAGAAGCAGACAAGGCAGAUAUAGACAAAGCAGUGCAGGCAGCCCGCCUGGCUUUCUCUCUUGGUUCAGUGUGGAGAAGGAUGGAUGCUUCAGAAAGAGGACGUCUGUUGGAUAAGCUUGCAGACUUGGUGGAACGGGACAGGGCAGUUCUUGCAACCAUGGAAUCCCUAAAUGGUGGCAAACCAUUCCUGCAAGCUUUUUAUGUGGAUUUGCAGGGCGUCAUCAAAACCCUUCGAUAUUACGCAGGCUGGGCUGAUAAAAUUCAUGGGAUGACCAUUCCUGUAGAUGGAGACUAUUUUACCUUUACAAGACAUGAACCCAUUGGAGUGUGUGGACAGAUCAUCCCAUGGAACUUCCCCCUGCUGAUGUUUGCCUGGAAAAUUGCUCCAGCCUUGUGCUGUGGCAAUACAGUAGUUAUUAAGCCAGCAGAGCAAACACCACUCAGUGCACUCUACGUGGGAGCCCUCAUCAAGGAGGCUGGCUUUCCUCCUGGGGUCGUCAAUAUUUUGCCAGGAUACGGGCCAACAGCUGGGGCAGCAAUAGCUUCUCACAUUGGCAUAGACAAGAUUGCGUUCACAGGGUCUACUGAGGUUGGAAAGCUUAUCCAAGAAGCAGCUGGAAGAAGUAAUUUGAAGAGAGUAACUCUGGAACUUGGAGGCAAAAGUCCUAAUAUUAUUUUUGCUGAUGCUGAUUUGGACUAUGCUGUGGAGCAGGCCCACCAGGGUGUGUUCUUCAAUCAAGGCCAGUGCUGCACUGCAGGCUCUCGCAUCUUCGUGGAGGAGUCCAUCUAUGAGGAGUUUGUGAGAAGAAGCGUGGAGCGGGCCAAGAGGCGCAUAGUGGGGAGUCCCUUUGACCCCACCACUGAGCAGGGUCCCCAGAUUGAUAAGAAACAGUACAACAAGAUCUUGGAACUCAUCCAGAGUGGUGUGGCUGAGGGCGCCAAACUGGAAUGUGGAGGCAAAGGACUGGGCCGAAAGGGGUUUUUCAUUGAGCCCACGGUGUUUUCAAAUGUCACUGAUGAUAUGCGGAUUGCCAAGGAGGAGAUCUUUGGCCCUGUUCAGGAAAUUUUGAGAUUUAAGACGAUGGAUGAAGUUAUUGAAAGAGCCAAUAACUCAGACUUCGGACUCGUAGCAGCCGUCUUUACUAAUGACAUCAACAAGGCCCUCACAGUAUCUUCUGCAAUGCAAGCUGGGACUGUUUGGAUCAAUUGCUACAAUGCCUUAAAUGCCCAGAGCCCCUUUGGGGGAUUCAAGAUGUCUGGAAAUGGGAGAGAAAUGGGAGAAUUCGGCUUGCGGGAGUACUCAGAAGUUAAGACUGUGACAGUAAAGAUUCCCCAGAAGAACUCCUAAGAAGGCCAAGAAGGAAGAUGAAGCCCAGCCUGCACGUCUCUCCCUCUCUGCUUUCUCUGUAGGGCCCAGCUCUCAGGAAUACACAGCUGAGCCACGGUCCUUAUUUAAAGAUUGAAAAGAUAACAUGUAGGCCAGGCAGGUCACUGCACAACUAAAGCAAACCAGCCGGGCACAGUUUUUUGGCACUCUGUAAGGGGCCACCUUAAUCAUACCAAAUAUUGGGGAAAGUGGGAUAAAAGGAAGAGGAGGAGCUAGCAGAUACUUCCGGUAUGUCUUUCUGGAGCACAGGAUGAAAUAAGGGAGCUGUAUUAUUUCAUGCCUUUGUCACAAAGAACUUUCCUCUUAAGGAAAGGUGACCUUUCUACUGUCUUCAUUUUCCUCCUUUCAGGCCCUCUUCACUCACCCACCCCCCGCUCUCUUCCAAGGAGAUCUCAGCUGAGCUCAUUUUGGGGCAGAUGUUUGGGCCGGGAACAAUUUUCCAAGGUUUUAAAGCCAAAUUACCAUUUCAUGUUAUCCGUUUCUUCAAAGCAAAACAUGAA